AUGGAAGAAAACUCUGUCUGCACAGUCUACUACAUUGCGUUGAGUAUCGUUACUCGUAUUAACGUCUGUCGUGCUGAAAUACGGCCUGGUAGUAUUGUAAUAAUUUGGUUAGGCGAACAAAUUUCGUCAUUAAGAACCAUCCUCGAAGCCCAUCUAACUGCAGAAGAUGUGACUUUAUUAUCUUAUUCUAUGCCUGAACAGUUGUGGCACUGGCUGAAAAUGAAUCCAUCAGUAACAUUAGCUUCGCUAACAAUUGAAGUGAAGACCAACUUGCAAGAAGUCGUGAAGCAUAGUCAUUCGUACAGAAAUGUUCGUUCAAUCGUAGUUCGAUGUACAAACAACGAUCUAUUGAGAACGCAACGUUUCGCUAGAUCGUACGCGAAAAUCGAUGGCGUGUUUGCUGAUGACACCCGACUGUUAAUCAAAAUAUCCAUCGACAUUGCGCUCUUUUCAGAGGAGUUAGGUGAUCAGAAAAGGGAAGACGAAAACAACGAAUUAGAGGCACAAAUACAUUAUGCCCGUGCACUCAGAUUCUGCGCGUUCGCGAGAGAACUUUAG